AUGGUUACGGGCGUUACUGUUUCCCCGAACGUUGCGGUUCUCAAGGAUUGGGAUUCACUCGGCGUCGCCAUCUCUCCCCUUGACGUCACCAAUCCCGUCGCUCCUUUAAUGUCCUCCAACGGCGUCUUUGUGCCCAGCAAUGUCUCUGCGGAGGCGGAUUUCGCUGCGGCGAAAACGUCCGUGUGGUGGGACAUUGAGAACUGCAAGGUUCCUAAGGGCUGUGACGCUAAUCGGAUUGCUCAGAACAUUAGAUCCGUUCUGUUGAAAAGUAACUACAGUGGUUCCCUCAUCAUCCAUGCCUAUGGUGACACCACUCGAAUCCCUUCCUCUGUACAGAAAGCUCUCUCCUCCACCGGCGUAUCACUCAACCACGUCCCCGCUGGAGUGAAAGACGGGAGCGACAAGAAGAUCCUUGUGGACAUGAUGCUGUAG